GAUGAGUAGCUGACCUUCUCGUGAACGAGAGGACCCAAGUUCUUAGUUUAAAUAAGCAAACUCGCACCCCUGGAAGAAAUAUAGUAUAAUAUCAAAUCAUAUCUAGGAAAACACUUAGCAUAACUAAAGAUGAUGGUCAAGCUUCUGCUUUUAACAAUUUUGAUGAUCUCUCCCAUUAUGAUAUGCGCCAAGAAGGACCUGAUGACAAAUGAAUGCCACAAUGCACAAGUCCCGUCCAUAUGCAUGCAAUGUCUCGAAUCCGACCCAACCUCUGUUCAAGCCAAUCCUGUUGGCAUCGCUGGCAUCAUCCUACACUGUCUUGACUCUCACCUCAUUAUCAUCACCAACAACAUAACCGAUUUAUCAUCAAAGAAAGAAGAAGGCGAAGUGAAAACAGCUCUGGAGAUUUGCAAAGCGGAUUUGCCGAAUACAGCUACAAAACUGUCGGAAGCCAAAAAAAGUCUAGUAUCCGGUGACUACGACAAAGUCAACCAAUCGAUAGAGUUUGCGCUUAGCUUUCCUCUUGGGUGUUUGUUACAACUCAACAAUGUCAAUUUCACGUUUCCCCAACUAAGUAGCCAAAUCCAAAUAUAUGCCCAACUCUCUGAUGCUGCUAUGCGGAUCAUUGAUCGCUUCUAAUAACUCCUUCUUGUUGUUCUUUUCUAUAUGACUUAAUUCACCUUAUUUUCCAAAUUACAACUGUCUUUUGCAAAAUUAAUAAAAUGGUUGAACAUAUA